CUGAGGCAGGAGAAUCACUUGAACCCUGGAGGCAGAAGUUGUGGUGAGCCGAGAUCAUGUCACUGCACUCCAGCCUGGGUGACAGAGUGAGACUCCAUCUCAAGAAAAAGAAUCAGAGAGGACCUGGGUCUACCUCCCAACUCCACCCCCUCACAAGUAUGACCUGGUGCAGCUGAAUCCCAGCCUCCUUUUCAUUCUUAAAGCCACCUCUCUAUGUUCCAGAGCCUCUGAGUUGUCUUCCCUCCCAGGCCUGCCGCUCACUAAUAAGUUCCUGAAGCAGCUGUGGCUGUUCCAGUUGGGGGCCAGGCUGAGGGAGGUGCCCCAACCAAGCCCACCAUCCAGGGCUGGCAGCUGGUGGUGGGCAGGAUGUGUCCUCUAGCAGCCCAAGGGAUGGAGGGAUGGGCUUAACCUGCCCACAGCCCCAGGUUAUGGUGGGAGCAGCAGGUUCCCCUCCUGACCAGUCUGGCAAGUCAGUUUUGUUGGCCCGUGAGUCACAGAGUCACACUAGCACUGAGUCAGGUUUUUCCCUUCUUCGUGCCCAGAGCAGCUGGGGAGGGAGUGGGGGGUCUCUUAGGAAACAGGACCACCUCCCUCUGCUCUCCCACUUAUCCCCUUGCCUUGGAGCUGCUCAUUUUCUAUCCGGAGGGCUAUGGCUCGACCCUGGAGAAAGAGGUCUUCAUGUCCCCACCAAAGAGGGUAUCUGGUCACUGGCCAUACUGGGCAGGAAAGACCAGGCCCCAGGCUGAGUUUAGUCAGGAGGUAAGGGAAGGAGAGAAAGGUAGCAGUCCUGGGCUGUCUGACUCCUUUCUACAAAGGGAUUAUCCUGUGGGCAGGACAGCAGGGUUUCCCCAAACAGAGUGUCCUCUGAGCCAUCUCCUUCUUGCCUUUUGACCAGCCUGGCUAUAAGGGCUGUCCAUACGGUCAGCCUCAGGCAGGCAUAGGGUUCUCCUCCAGCUCCCUGCCAGACCCUCCAGAGGCCUCAUUAAACCCAGCCAAAGCAGCCAGCCUGCUGGGCAACCUGGUUCUAGAUCAGCACUUUUCGGCCCUGGCCUUAUGUUGGAAUCACCUAGAGAGCUUUUAAACCUCUCUGCUGUUCCCAGACUCCAGAGCAAGGAAGUCAGAAUCCCAUGGGGCAGGCCCCAGGCAACCAGGUUUUUGGUAAACCCCGCUGGAUUGCCUCUCAAGAGCCUGCUCUCCUGGAGGUGACAGUGAAGUUGCAAGGACAGCACAACACCCAAGGAACAGUCACGCUGGAGUGUGAUGUGGACCCCGAGGGUCAGAAGAGACAUGGGGAGAGAUGGGUGCCUGGUGGGAAGAGGGCUUCAGUCCUGCAUCCUGACCAGGCAUGGCUUGGGAAGCAAACCAGGGAGGAUGCCGGCCUGACAGUGCUGGACGCAAUGAGCCCCUGAAGAAAGAACGGCUGAAGUGGAAGAGCGACUACCCCAUGACUGACGGGCAGCUGCGGAGCAAACGGGAUGAGUUCUGGGACACAGCACCUGCCUUCGAGGGUCGAAAGGAGAUCUGGGAUGCCCUCAAGGCCGCCGCCUACGCUGCCGAGGCCAAUGACCAUGAGCUGGCCCAGGCCAUCCUGGAUGGAGCCAGCAUCACCCUGCCUCAUGGCACCCUCUGUGAAUGCUACGACGAGCUGGGCAAUCGCUACCAGCUGCCCAUCUAUUGUCUGUCACCACCUGUGAACCUGCUGCUGGAACACACGGAGGAGGAGACCCUGGAGCCCCCCGAGCCCCCACCCAGCAUGCGCCGCGAGUUCCCGCUGAAGGUGCGCCUGUCCACGGGCAAGGACGUGAGGCUCAGCGCCAGCCUGCCUGACACAGUGGGGCAGCUCAAGAGGCAGCUGCAUGCCCAGGAGGGCAUCGAGCCGUCGUGGCAGCGGUGGUUCUUCUCCGGGAAGCUGCUUACAGACCGCACACGGCUCCAGGAGACCAAGAUCCAGAAAGAUUUUGUCAUCCAGGUCAUCAUCAACCAACCCCCACCGCCCCAGGACUGAUGGGCCCACGGACCCCUGGAAAGAGGCCCUGCCUGGAGCACUCGGCCCCCACCCUGCUGCUGCCUUCCAGUGCUGUCAUUUUCUUCAGGGGCCCUCCGCUCGGUGUGGCUGGUGGGUGAGCAGUGAAGGGACCCUGCCUUUCAGGGCACUGUGUGCCACCAGUGCCCGGUACGCAGGGAGCAGGCGGCCACACUUGGGCCUUGCAACCUUGUCAGAGAAAAGGUGAAUGGGGCCCUCGCCCUGCCUCCCCUCUGCAGCAGGUUCGAGCCACGAGGGCUAGCCUGGAGGCCUCUGGAGCCCAGAUCUAUCAUCUGGUGCUGCCGGCUGUGCUCACUCCGGUUUUCUGCUCAGGGUCUGAAACAGCUGCUGUCUCCCUCGUCUGCCCCCUUCCCCUGGCUCUCCCCUGGGCACAGUGCCACUCCCUGGGAAGGGAGGGAACCACCCGUGAGCCCCAGGGCUCGGGAAGCCUGAGGCAGGCUUCUGCCUCUCCGUGCCCCCAGCACAAUUGGCAGAGAUGAGGCAGGUGGUGGACGGCUGGACUGUCGUGGCAGGGGUCUGCACAGUGUCAUGUCCUAGCUGUAACCCAGGCAGUGGGAGGUCUGCAGCCUGGUCACGGCCCCCACAGCAGGUCCCUGUGGACAGACAUAUCUGCAUAUUUAUCAAUAAAGCCUUUUGCUCC